AUCCCUCCAGGAAGGAACUUAACAGGAUGUUCACGUUUUUGACCAAACUUCCCACCCUCGUACUCUUUUUGGCUGCGUUUGGGGUGUCUUUCUCGGCGGCUCUCCCGGCACGUAGCGAACCGCUCGAGCCUACUGUGGAUGCAUAUGCCAGACGUUUGGAGCUGCUCAAGGGUCCGCUUGCCCCUAAGGGCUCAAGCGCCAAAAGAGGUUCCAUCAACGGCGGCGGCGGCGCCACCCAACCGGAUUGGCUUGAGGAUAUUCCCGAAGUUGGCCGUUCCAAAUAGAGCCGGACAGUGAUUCUGCCGGCAUGACUGAUCACGGUUGUGAUCAUUUUUAAGCGCGACAUGGAGUGACUGUCACCAGCACCUUUUCUUUACUUCUACUUGACUGAUGGAAUUCUCUUGUCGGUUUGACGACACUUUACUCCGGCCAUAUAUGCGUAUGUACUGGAACUUUUUUUUUUUUUUUCCUUUU